AUGUGGGUUUGGAGCGCAGCGACAAGAUCUCACUUCCCCGCGAUCGAUGUGAACCAGCCGUCGGCACUGGCGCCGGAGGUGGAGGUGUCGUCACCGAACAGCACGCUGUCGAGCGUGAGUGGGAAGAGGAGCGAGAGAGGUGAGGACGAUGCCGGCGCAGGCAUCAGGGCGGGAGAUGAGGACGAAAGCGCCGGUGGAGAGGCGGGGAGGAAGAAGCUGAGGCUGACCAGGGAGGAGGCGACGGUGCUGGAGAAAGCGUUCGAGGAGAAUAGCACGCUCAACCGGUGA